AUUCAAUAUGAAAACUCUAGUGCUCAUAAUUUUAGCUUUCUCACUUUUUAUUGACGCUACAGAUCAAAGGAUUCUUUCUGCGUCCCAAGAAUGUAGACAGUGCAUUGAUUCAUCUGCUCAAAAGUGGUGAAGAGAUAGGGACAAUGAAGAAAGUGGCAUCUGAUGUGAUAUUAAUAACCCUAGCUCUGAUUGCAACAAAGGUGAUAAUAAAGUAUGAUCAGACCAAUCGGGAUUUGCUAAUUCUUCAGCUAAAUUACUUUGACCUUCAGGGGUAAAAUUCUGCAAUGCUAGUGUAGAAACAACUAUUAUUGGGAAAGAACAGAAGGUACUAUACCAAGCUCAUAUGCCAGAAAACGAUGUUUGAUGGCUCAAGGUUCAGUCAUUUCAAGAAAACAACAAGACUCUAAGUUUAGAGAUUUGGAAUAUGACUAACACAGAACUUGAGGUUUACACACAAAAGAAGGAGUUUGAAUAUAAUAUUAUUCAUACUGUUCAAAACUUUGAAGCAGUCUCCAUCUCAGUAGAGAAGGAGGUACAGAAUAUUUACUUCUUGUUGCAAUCUUCACAUGAGAAUGCUUUUGUUAAAUUUACAGCUGAAAUAGCCCCUCAUAAGUGUCAUCAUGAUGAUUGUGAGAACGAAACUAUGCUUCACCACAUUGUAAAAACUGUAGUAGAUUUUCUCAUAAUAGACGGAAUUCUGAUGCUUUCAGUUGCAGCUUUCUUCUACUUUUUUGGCUUCAAUCAAAAGCUUGUCUGAUUACGUGUAAGAAGGUUUAAUGAAGCGCAAGAAGAGAAGAGGAGAAUAGAAAUCCAGGCUAUCAAUGAUCAAGAGAGAUGCCCUAUUGAGACAGCCUCAACUCCUAACCCUGAUCUUGAGCGUAAAGAAUCUACUAUUGGAACAGAGGACUCUCAAUACCAAAAAGAAAGAAUUAGUUUGCCAGCUCUAAAAUAUCCAGGCUUAGGCACAAUGAAGGACAUACUGUUUAAAAGAGAGAGUUUCUAGAUAAGGUCGUAAUCGAAAAUAAUAUCUUAUUU